UUGUCGACAGCGAAUCUGGCGAAAACAACAUGUGCGAAACAGGAAGCGAUAGAAAAUGUCGCUUGUCCCCAUCCUUCCACGGAAGCCAAACUACUACAUUUCACUCAACUUUUCAAGACACUGGAAUACGGAUAAUGCAUGGAUGACUUAUAAAUUCUCCUCCAAGACGAAGAAGAAAUGUGAUUUCCAAGCAACGCUUUAAUGCAAUACGAAUACGCAUGAGUUAUGGACAGAUAUUAUAUAAGCCGUUUAACGCCACAAGUAUUUUCAAAUGAACGUUGGGUUAUUCUGGAUGGUGUCAUGUCAGACUGAAGGUGUUUAAAAACUCGGUUAAUUGUUGAAAUUGUUUCGUCAACAGAUGAAUUUUUCUUUUACCUGGGGAAGAAACUGACACGACCAGGUAAUGGCUGAACAUUUGUUGACCUGUAGCUGCCAUCCAUUUCUAAAGGCUUAUCCCUGCGCAAUAACACGCUCACAUUGAGUAGCGCAGUAUAGUAACACAAUCGGAUUUAGUAGCACAAAGAUGAAGUACGUUUGCAAUCUCAGUGCCUAUCAUGUUACCAAGACAGAAGAAAAUAAUUCCAUCCUCUUCAUUCACAAACUCUGGUGAUGAGGUGAAGUGUGACAUAAUGAGUGAGGGCCAGAAGAUCCAGGCAGAAGGGUAUGGGGACAUGGUAAUACAGAAACUUCACACACUUCGACAAAACAAGGAACUCUGUGACUUCAGGGUCUCCGCUGAUGGCCGUGUCUUUGAGGUGCACAAGGCCCUGCUUGCCGCCACUAGUGACUAUUUCAGGGUCAUGUUUGGAGGGGUCAUGGCAGAGAGCAAGCAGGAUACCGUUGACCUCAAGGGAGUCACGGCCGAUGGCCUGCAACAGGUCAUCGACUUCAUCUAUUCAGGAGAAAUGGCGCUGCACUACGAAAACCUCACAGAGAUUAUCAACACAGCAAGCCAUCUGCAGGUUGCCUCUGCCCUGGACGUCUGCAGCACUUACAUCAAGUCACUGAUGACUUUCGACAACGCUGAAGAUUUCCUCAACAUCGCAGACACCUAUUCUCUUGAGAAGGUCCUCACACACUGGGAAAACAUGAUCCAGGAAAAGUUCUAUGACUUCAGCCAGACUCAGGCAUACCUCAAGAUGGAAGCAGAGACUCUGUCCAAGCACCUGUCCAGGGACUCCUUGAGGAUCACGUCCGAGUAUCAGUUAUUCUGCUGUCUCGAUAAGUGGUUCAGGUCAAAUCCAAUGAGAAUUGUCAACGACGGCUUCACAGUGUUCUCCAAAGUGAGAUUUCCAUUGAUGUCAGAACAGGAACUGGCAAUGGUUCGGGACAGCGAAAUAAUACAGAGAUGCUCCACCCAAGUGAAAGAGUUGGUACGUAAAGGGUAUCAUUAUCACGACGCAUGCAAAAAGGGGCAUCCAAUGAUUGACGAGUCGACAAGGGUACGAAGCAAUUCGUCGUCUAUAAUCCUCAUCCACCAUGGCACUUCGUACAUGCCCUUCCAAGUGACUGCCUACAAUAGCAAUGCCGGGAUGUUCUACAGUGUCUACUCUGAUGUUAAUGGUAGCCGGGACUGCAGGAUCGCCUCGGUGGAUAACUUUGCAUACAUUUGCCGAGUUGUAGAUUUCGGAGGAGGGACACUGAUGAGUUCCCUUUUCAGAUUUGAUCCAAGACAUCUGAUUGGUCAAGAGUUGCGACCAAUGAGAAGACUGCGAAUUGAUUUCACCCUGGUUUCGUUUAAUCGGAGUGUGUAUGCUUUCGGGGGUUCAACGGAGCAGUUUGCAAUCUUGGACUCCGUGGAACGGUACAGUGCUGUGAACAACACGUGGGAGGACGUUGUAGCCAUGCCCGCCCCGACUCAUUCUCUAUCUGCUAUAGUUUAUGGAGAGAGAAUUUACCUCUCGGGCGGCAUUUCCGGGCAAGAUCGACAGACUAUCAAUACAUUCACCAGUUUCGAUCCUGCUACACAGCGCUACGAAACUAAACCAGGAAUGUUUUAUGCCCGCCGCCUCCAUGACAUGGUAGCAUACAACGGGUCUAUAUAUGUUCUAGGGGGCAUCCCAAGACCUGGGGUUCCCCUUCAUGGACAAAUUCCAAUAGAGUGUUUUAGCUUCCACACCAAUCAAUGGACUAUGCUGUCGUCCACGCUCAGUGGGCGGUCAGUAGGUCACUAUAUCAACUUUGAAGGUCAGAUUCUUUCCUUGGGACAUGAGCACCACAAUGCUACAGAGGAUGAAAUAUGGGCGUAUGACACGGAUCUUGACGAUUGGUCGAAAUAUGCAAAAGCUCCACAGAGAAUGAGUUUGAACUCCGCUAUUUGCACACAACUGUAUGUUAACUUUGACGAUGAAAAGAUCGCGAAGAAGUUCCUCAAGGAGAAGUGAAUGCUUGAUACUGUCUCUGAUGCAACAAGCAUGUUCGAGAGGAUGCCCGGCAAGCUUCAUCAUGGAUACAGAGUGCAAGAAACAUCACUGUGAUUUUCCAAGCACUUGGAGAUGUGUCUCUCUGCUUGUACCUCUGUUAGAGGGGACUAAACUGUAUAUUGCUGAGCUUUGCUGUAAUCAACAGCAGAGGGUGAUCUCAGGCACUGAUGGAGUCUAUCUCAAUCUUCUGUGACAUGACUAUCACAGUUGUAUUUCAUCAGAAAAUACCUCAGAAAGUUUUGAGAUGGUCCCUAUACCUUUUUAACUGGCCAAAGUUAUGAGAAUUGUUUUAAAGAGUACCUCAAUAUUCUAUCCUCAUCAGUGAUAGGCUGCUGUUGCCAAUGCAGACUGGGAAAUUUGUAGAAGAUAGAUGUUGUUAACUAAAUGAUCUGGUUUGGAAUAUUUCCUGUCUGUGAGGGCUUGAACCUGCCUCACAUGUACAUCAUUGUCGGAAUGUAAAACAGAUCUGAUGCAAUGUUACUUGUAAUUUUAAUAUGAUUGAAUUUUAUUAUCAGCACUACACUUUUUAUUUUAUGGUUUCUGGAUUUUAGGCCCCAAAAUUCAGGUCAGAAGGAUGGAAUUUGUUUUCUUUUUUUUUACAAAUAUAUGUUUUUUAUUUCCUCUCACAAUUCAUCAUAAUUUGUUGUUUUGAAGUUUUGAAGAUUAAGUUUCAAAAGGUUUUAAUUAUAGUAAUUUUUGAUAAUAUAUUUACAUUGAUGGCGACAGUAAAUGAGUUCUUUUUCGAUAUUUUACUUCUUUGGUCGUCAGAUUUAAAAAAAACAUGCUGAUUAUUUAUCUAUUUUAUAUAUUGUUUUUCUAGAUAAAGUUUUUGGAGUUGUCAGAUUUAUAAACCGAGUUUUAAGAAAAUCCUGGCCUUACUGUUUGUUAGUUUUAUGUAGGACAAAGACUGUUCUUUGUCGUUGAGUUUGGAACUUUGCUUUUUGGUUUGUAAAACACUUUGUUAAGUUUAAGGCCAUAAAACAUUCACUUUGAGAUUUUCAUUCUUGCUAAAAUAUAAAUGUUUAAUCAAUAUUCACCUCAUUCUACAUGUAAUUACCAUAUUCCAGAAUGGAAUUUUGUGAAAUGGUUAUAUUAAACACCUAUAGUCAGAGUCUCAAUAUUGACAGGAAACUCGCAUCAUCGCUUUAUCAUGGCCUAAUUCUAUUGUCUGUUGGGGCAUGUAGACUAAAGCUCAACAAUUCCCUGUGCAGAGUUGCAUCCCUUAGUCAUGCCAGGAUCCUAAGAUUAUGAGUUUGAAUCCCAGAUGCGGUGCUGACAUGCAGUGAUACUGUUCGAAGUCAUGCAGUCACAACUGUCUCUUGAUGAUGGAAAUGGCCCUUGUGUACAGGAGGGGCGGUCGGGUAGCCUAGCGGUUAAAGCGUUCGCUCGUCACACCGAAGACCUGGGUUCGAUUCCCGACAUGGGUACAAUGUGUGAAACCCAUUUCUGGUGUCCCCCGCCGUGAUAUUGCUGGAAUAUUCCUGAAAGCGGCGUAAAACCAUACUCACUCACUCACUCACUUGUGUGCAGGAAGUCUUUUACUUCAAACCAGUCCACAAUAUGACUCUUUGACUAGAGUUUCCCAGUCUGUGUUGUCUGCAGGCAGCUCAUCUUCCACUAGGUACCUCAACAUGACAGUCAGCGCCACACCUCUUCGUUGUCUAUCUCACCACAUCAUCAUUUUCCUAUAGCCUUCAGGUUCAGAUAUGUUCUCAGUCUGCGACUGUAAUCACAAGUGCAAAGGCAGAAUCGAGAAAAUUUGUGUGAUUGUAAGCCUUGAUAUCAAUAACCAUACAGUCUGCGACUUCAGCCUCUUGUCUGAAACCCAUGUCUAGUAAGAUUUUGUUUGGUCGUGUGACCCAUACGAAGAAAGUACAUAUAUUUUACCCGUAAGUUUACGGAAAGUGAUACCAAGAGAUUAUUUUGGGCUAGUUGACAUGGUCUACUCCGAAGGUUUUGGCAUACUGUUCAUAUUUAUAUAUGAUAAAUGUACUAAAAAUAAAAAUAGGUUCUGGCUGUUAUUAUUAGUCACCUGUGCGUUCACUUGUACUGACCCAGUACUGACCAGUACUGACAAGUACUCUCAAUCCAGUACUCUGUCAGAGAUUUGAUCCAGUAGGGAUAGAUCUUACGCAAUGCAAACACUUGAAUGAGAGUGAGGUCACCGCAAGUGGAACUGUUUUCCAUCAUCGAAAAAAAAGGCCUAGAAUUCCACUAAAUCAAAUUUCGUUAACUUAGGUGAUUAUGCCAACACUGACAGAGCAGUCUUGUGCUUACCGUUACAAAAGGGUAUUUUACAGUUCUAGGACCUUUUCUUUGUAUAUAUGUAUUGUGUUCAUGGAAUGUGGGGCAUCUUCUUAGAUGUUACUGGUGGUGCCCUUUCUACAUAGGUUUUGUACUGGAUACUGAACCUUCCCUUAGAUACUACAGGUGCUCUUCCUUAAGAUGUAUUAGAUAAAAUCCUCGUCCUUGUUUUGGCCUAGAAAUGGUAAGUGACUUUUUAGAUUUGGCAACACUAAUUGUUUGCCUAGGUAUUGCAGGUGACUUUUCUACAUUUGGCAACACUAAUUGUUUGCCAAGGUAUCGCAGUUGACCUUUUUAGAUUUGGCAACAUUAAUUGUUUGCCUAGGUAUCGCAGUUGACCUUUGUAGAUUUGGCAACAUUAAUUGUUUGCCUAGGUAUCGCAGUUGACCUUUGUAGAUUUGGCAACAUUAAUUGUUUGCCUAGGUAUCGCAGUUGACCUUUGUAGAUUUGGCAACAUUAACUUUUUGCCUAGGUAUCGCAGUUGACCUUUCUAGAUUUGGCAACACUACCGGUAAUUGUUUGCCUAGGUAUUGCAGUUGACCUUUCUAGAUUUGGCAACAGUAUUCAUUUGCCUAGGUUUUGCAGGUGCUCCUGAGAGGUUGUGAGAUGAUGGUAUGGUGAGGUUGAUAGUUAAUCUACCUGUGUCUGGCUGGCACUGUCUACCUGCACAUAAAUAGCUCAAGACAUUCAUCACAUAUGUACACAUGCAAUCAGGGGCAGUGGUUCAGUUGGACCUUCAUGUAUACCGUUUUGUUCAUGGCCUUUAAAGAUGCCUUUGAUUCUGGGAGAAUUCUGUUUUUAUCAUAUCUGCACAAAAAGUUGCUUUCGAGUGUUCCUAGUCUUCAGAUCUCACUUCCUGAAAAUUUGGCCUAAGUGAAACCCGGUCUUGCAUUUUUAUAUGUACCUAUAUCCCCCUGAAGCACUCCCAAACAAGGCUUCGGUUGAUGCGACACUGCAAUUGUAACUAGCCACUGCAGAAUGGUUGGCGGAACAGUGUUCGAAAUUAAGCAUGAAAGUCAGAUGGUCCUCUUGAGUCAUAUUCUAUGGAGAAAACCUGAAGGACCAAAGUCUCAUUAAAAUCAGAUCUUAGUUCUCGCUGCCGCUAAACAAAGAUCUGAGGACAUCCCAUAACGGGUCAUGUCAGACCGACCUUUUGCGAAUUUCGCGACCAAUGGAAUGACUGACAAGAAGUCCACAUUAGCCAAUUAGAAGGCAGCUUAAUUGAGCUUUACGGCACGAGUUUCAAACUGGCAACUUCGCUUUGAAACACAUUCUGACAUAUGCUCGAUUAGAAAAUUAAUAACUGAACAAAAAAGAUUAUGGAAUGGCUAAUAGAUGGUCUAGAUUGUAUGAGUACAGACAUAAAGCCGAUAACUGUCAUUUGGAAUACCCUAUGUUGUUGUUUUCGAGGUUGCACAAUCAAAAAUCACAUUCCAGCUGUCACUUUCCCCGAUCUAGUAACCGAUGCUCUGAGUGGUCAGAUGAAAAGUCGUUCUGAUGUGACCCGCAAUGGGAUGUCCUCAGAUCCUUGUUUAGCGGUAGCAAGAACUAAGACCUGAUUUUAAUGAGAUUGUAAGGACCUCAAGACCUCCGUUAAUUUUGAACACUGAAAAAAUAGCAUUGUUUAGAAAUAAUAAUUAGAUAGUGAUAGGUCUAAGGCCCUUACAGCAUGAGCAUGCAUAACGUGUAUGUUGAACAAAAGACAGAUUGACGGCAAGAUUGUACUGAAGUUAAGGGUGUGAGCAUGGUCUGUGCCUGUAAUCAGUCUGGGGUCAGACUGUGGGCAUGGUCUCUGCCUGUGUUCUGUCUGGGGUCAGACUGUGGGCAUGGUCUGUGCCUGUGUUCUGUCUGGGGUCAGACUGUGGGCAUAGUCGGUGUCUGGGGUCAGACUGUGGGCAUGGUCUCUGCCUGUGUUCAGUCUGGGGUCAGACUGUGGGCAUGGUCUCUGCCUGUGUUCUGUCUGGGGUCAGACUCUGGGCAUGGUCUCUGCCUGUGUUCAGUCUGGGGUCAGACUGUGGGCAUGGUCUGUGCCUGUGUUCAGUCUGGGGUCAGACUGUGGGCAUGGUCUCUGUCUGGGGUCAGACUGUGGGCAUGGUCUCUGCCUGUGUUCAGUCUGGGGUCAGACUGUGGGCAUGGUCUCUGCCUGUGUUCAGUCUGGGGUCAGACUGUGGGCAUGGUCUCUGCCUGUGUUCUGUCUGGGGUCAGACUGUGGGCAUGGUCUCUGCCUGUGUUCUGUCUGGGGUCAGACUGUGGGCAUGGUCUCUGCCUGUGUUCUGUCUGGGGUCAGACUGUGGGCAUGGUCUCUGCCUGUGUUCUGUCUGGGGUCAGACUGUGGGCAUGGUCUCUGCCUGUGUUCUGUCUGGGGUCAGACUGUGGGCAUGGUCUGUGCCUGUGUUCUGUCUGGGGUCAGACUGUGGGCAUGGUCUCUGCCUAUGUUCAGUCUGUCUGAUUCCACCCUGUACAAAGCUGGUACAAAACAUUUCAAAAACAAAGUCACGUGUUAAUUGAUAGAUCUGGUAUCAAUACUCCAGAAAUUGUUUUUGUGUGUUUAGAAAUAUGCAGGCAGAUUAUUAUCAUAAAUGGAAAUGUAAGAGUAAAUUAGAUUUGGUCGGCCUUUGGACCACUUCAUUUGGUUGACUCAAAACUCUUUAAACCAUUGAUACAGCUUUACACCCUGGUUUUGGGUGACCAAGUGAUUAACACCACUCUCUCAGAAAUACAGGACUGGCAUUUCCGCACCUCGGCUUGAAACCAUGGCAACAUUAGGACUGCUGUUUACUGGCCAGGGUUAUCUGAAACUAUCACGGGACCUCUCGUUUGUAACCACUAGUAACUAUUGUUACCAACUGUGUUGGACUUUUGAUAAUGUUGUUUAUUAGUUUAUAAGAAAUAUCUGAUUGUCUCCCGUUGGUUGCCAUCCUUGACACGAUCAUACUGCCUCGUAUAUACAUAUGUGUUGUGUUUCAAGCUAUGAUGAUAUAUAUAUCUAUAUAUAUGAAACUACAUUUACCUCAAGUUGUCCUGCUGAAACUUCAGUAUCUGUACCUUUGAUCUAUUUGGGCAAGCCACUCAAAUAUUCAAAUGGUGGUCGUUCAGCAUCCUCAGUUCCCAGUAUAUUGUAUCUAGCCAUUCCCCUGGGGGAAUGUUCAAAUGAUGGUCGUUCAGCAUCCUCAGUUCCCAGUAUAUUGUAUCUAGCCAUUCCCCUGGGGGAAUGUUCAAAUGGUGGUCGUUCAGCAUCCUCAGUUCCCAGUAUAUUGUAUCUAGCCAUUCCCCUGGGGAAUGUUCAAAUGGUGGUCGUUCAGCAUCCUCAGUUCCCAGUAUGUUGUAUCUAGCCACUCCCAUAGGGGAACGUUUAAAUGGUGGUCGUUCAGCAUCUUCAGUUCCCAGUAUAUUGUAUCUAGCCAUUCCCCUGGGGGAAUGUUCAAAUGGUGGUCGUUCAGCAUCCUCAGUUCCCAGUAUAUUGUAUCUAGCCACUCCCAUAGGGGAACGUUUAAAUGGUGGUCGUUCAGCAUCUUCAGUUCCCAGUAUAUUGUAUCUAGCUACUCCCCUGGGAGAAUGUUCAAAUGGUGGUCGUUCAGCAUCCUGAGUUUCCAGUGUAUUGUAUCUAGCGACUCCCAAGGGGGAACAUUCAAAUGGUGGUCGUUCAGCAUCCUCUUUCAAGUGUAUAGUAUCUUCAAUCUAUUAGGAUCAAUAUCCUGGACCAAUUGUCUUCCAUAGAUUCAUUUUUGAAGUGAUGCAACCAGCUCCAUCUCCCCUAUCACUAACUGUGAACAGAAUUUCCUUUCGCAUGUGCUCAAAAUCAACAGCCAAUCAAAUUGCCUCUUCUAAAUGCGAGUUCAGCAUAGUUCUGAUUUCAAAAUUGCAUCCUCAUCCAAGUGAGCCUGGAUGUAUUUCAAGGAACCGAAAACUGUUCCGAAUGAUUCUCUACUGGAAAAGAUGUUUUCCUGAGUACAAAAACAGGGUAGGAAUUCCUUUUGUUACAAGACGUUCCCGUUGUAAAAGGAUGGCACACGAAAGUUGAGACGAGUACUGAUAUCGCUGCGCGUUUAAAUCAUGAAGGAACCGUGGAAUUUGAUUUGAUUUCUUUUUUUAGCAUCAUGUCAUGUAAACCCGCCUCAAAAGAAAGCCAAGGUUGCAUAUGGGUCCAGGAUAUGUGUCAUAAUAUAAUGGAAAUACACGACCCACUGGAUAAUCGGGGAUGGUCGUUCCUAUAAUCAGGAUAAACCGUCAUGAAUGGUUGAACAUUUUAUUAUCGCUGUCGUGUCCAUUUGUGAAUCUUAGAAAUGGUGCAUAGAGUAUUUCUAAAUAUCAUUGACAUUUUGUAGCCAUUGUGAACACUAUUAAUCAUUUGAUUUGUUCAUUACCAUAUUUUCCUUAUGUUUGUGUGUAAAAUCACGUUCUGGGUAAUUUUACGCAUGAGCAAGAGCAAGAGCAAUCAUAUAUUUUCUUUUACAAACAAGGCUUCCAAACAUAUGGAAUGUUUGUUUUUUAAAUAGAGGUGUUUAUUUGUAAAUAUUUAAAAACAAAUUGGGGUGGGGUGGGGUGUGGAGUCUCAUACUUUUGUUAUCAAUUUUAUUUGUGGAGGUUUUUUAUGGACGUAAAACUGAAAUCAAGCCUGAGAAAUAGAUAUUCUAUUAUUUCACCUCCUGCGUCUUGGAAUAUUGAUCAAGAAAUCCAUAACACAAGAUAUGAAAUUGGUCUGGAUUGAAUUUUAAUAUUUCCAGUAAAUAUAUAAAGACUUAAUCGGUUGCCAUGUUUGUACAUUCAGUUACAUUAGUUAAACAAUUUUGGGAUGGGAUGAAAUUGGAAACACACGUUAUUGGAGGGCUUCAUCUUUUGUGUGUCAUGUACAAGUUGACUCAGAAUAUAUUGACAUUUGAGAUGCAUGUUAUUUGAUAAUUUUGUAAACCCACAAAAUAAUAACUUUUGUGUUAUUUUUGCCUUGGAAGGGGAAGGGAAGACAAUAUAAUAGUGAUGUUUAAAAUUUCUUCAUGUAACAUUUUGAAUUCAUUUGUGUCAGUUUGACUUUUUAUGAUCAGUGAAUAGACUCAGUCUCAAACAGAAUGUUUAGGUACAGUGAGGGUGUUGUUGUGGUGGUUCAGACACAGGAAAAUAUCUUCUUGUUUCUGUUCCCUUGCUGAAAGAAUAACAAGAAGCUGGAUCAAAUUUGAAUUGUAAUUUUCAUUUCGGUUUUUGAAGCCUCAACCUGAAUUCUGAAUUGUACUAAUGGAGAAAUGGUAUAUAGAAACCUAGUCAAAAUGGGUUACAUCAAAAAGUACAACUUUGGAAUGGAAAGUAGCUCCAAAAAUGCGGAAUAGGAACCGAAAUUAGCAUUCACAAUAUUAACGCUGGGGUCUGGCCAGUUUACCAGGGUUGGUGAGAUGAUGAGAAACAAGAAAUAUUUUUAAUGUGGCCUUAGAAUAAAUAUUAUAUCACCUCAACUAGUAUUGAGGAAAAAGAAGAUGAACUUUGCCAGUAAUUUUUUCUUGCGUCCUAUGUCUUCUUUUCGCUUGGAAUUUCUUCGAAAUCACUUGGCUACAAGGAUUUGAUGUGCGUUAAACCUUCACCCAUCCUUCAGCCAGGCAAUCAGUGUUAUGGUGCCCCAACAUGUAGCCGUGUACAGUGUUUGUAUCAUGGUUUAUUGGUUCUAGUCUUAUGGAAAACAUGGUGAAAAUUAUUUAUACCUUAGUGUUAGUUUAUGCAAUUUGAUUAAAUCAGGGGUAUCAUCAGCUAUCAAGUGACUUCAUUUGGCCAUAGCAAACUGUUGUUCCGAUUGCAAGGCUGUCAUAAUCAGAGUCUCCAGAACAUGAUUGUAUUUUCUUAUUGUUUUUUCUGUGUGUGUGAUCCAACUAAAAUAGUGGCUACAUUGAUAGCAUCACUGAAAUAUUGAAGUCUGGGUAAUUGGAACCACUGUUUCUUCUGCUGGCCUUGUUUGUACCUUUGUGUGUGUGUGUGUCUGUGUGUGUGUCUGUGUGUGUGUGUCUGUGUGUGUGUGUGUGUGUGUCUGUUUGUGUGUCUGUUUGUU